AAAAUAUUCCGUCCUCUUCCUUGUGUAGGUAUUCAUAACCCAGUAAGAGGAAAGUCGGUGUGGAAAGCAGGUUUGGAGUUCUAAAAAAUGAAACUCCUGGGCGUAUUAGCAGUUGUAUUAGCAUUACACAGUGCACAUGCAAAAGUGUACUUUCGGGAGGAAUUUCUGGAUGGUGAUGAGUGGAGAAGUCGUUGGGUGGACUCCAAACACAAGUCUGACUAUGGAGAGUGGAAAUUAACUUCUGGUGGUUUUUACGGAGAUGCAGAGAAAGACAAAGGUCUGCAGACGAGUCAGGAUGCUCGUUUCUAUGCCACCUCUGCACGUUUCGAGCCUUUUAGCAAUGAGGGCAAGAGCUUAGUGAUUCAGUUUACAGUCAAGCAUGAGCAGAAGAUUGAUUGUGGUGGUGGCUAUGUGAAAGUGUUUCCUGCUGACUUGGAUCAGACUGACAUGCAUGGCGAGUCGGCAUACUACAUCAUGUUUGGCCCAGAUAUCUGUGGGUACAGCACCAAAAAAGUCCAUGUUAUCUUCAAUUACAAGGGCAAGAAUCACCUAAUUAAGAAAGAGAUUAAAUGCAAGGAUGACGAACUGACUCACCUCUACACUCUGGUCUUGAACCCUGAUCAGACCUAUGAGGUGAAGAUUGACAACGAGAAGGUAGAAUCAGGCAGUCUGGAAGAUGACUGGGACUUCCUGCCUCCUAAGAAAAUAAAGGACCCAGAAGCCAAAAAGCCUGAAGACUGGGAUGAUCGUGCAAAGAUUGAUGAUGCUGAGGACACCAAGCCUGUGGACUGGGACAAACCUGAAAACAUUCCGGACCCUGAUGCAAAGAAGCCUGAUGACUGGGAUGAGGAUAUGGAUGGAGAGUGGGAACCACCCAUGAUCCCCAACCCUGAGUACAAGGGAGAAUGGAAACCGAAACAGAUCGACAACCCCAACUACAAGGGACAAUGGGUGCAUCCUGAGAUUGACAACCCAGAGUAUAGUCCAGAUUCAGACAUCUAUACUUUUGACAAAAUUGCUGUUCUAGGUCUCGAUCUUUGGCAGGUGAAAUCUGGUACCAUCUUUGACAACUUCCUAAUCACAGAUGAUGUGAAGGAGGCAGAAGACAUAGGAAAUGAGACAUGGGGUGUUACAAAGGAACCAGAGAGGAAAAUGAAACAAGAGCAAGACGACAUGAAACGAAAAGAGGAGGAGGAAAGAAACAAGGAACAAGAUACUGAAGACACUGAGGAUGAUGAGGAGGAGGAUGAGGAGGAUGAUGAGGAUGUGGAAGACACAAAAGAUGACACAGAGGAAGGACUUUCUGAAAUGGACAAGAAGGAAGUGAAGUCCAAAGAUGAGCUUUGAGUGGGGAGGGGUGAUCAGAGAAGUUGUGUUUCUUCUAGUGAAACUCUGUCCUGUGUUCCUGGGGGUUUUGUGGCUGCUGUGCAUCCUGCACCCUAGGAUUUGGACAACUUUGUGGGGGACAAAUAUGGUGAAGGGGGGCCAAGUGGGUGUUAUUGAACUUAGUUGGGCUUUCAUUUCAGUUCUGAUGUUACCCUGUUGCCUCAGAAAAGUUGUUUAAAUGAGGUUUUUUACCUACAGUUCACAGUUCAUUCCCUUAUUGGUUUACCAGCAUUUUGUCUCUAAAGUGAGAAUGGAGCCACUAACAUCUGUAGUUGUUUUGAAGUUUUUUACCUUUAUUUGCAGUUUUCUUGCACACCAGCUCAUCAGUUCAACUAAUUUGUCCAUUAUGAUGAUUAAAAAAUGGAAUUUUGCAUACUUUCCCCACUGCUACAUGGAACGGUUAAAUGCUCAUGAAAGACAUGCUACAAAACAGACUGCAAAAUGAUAUAACUUACCUUGGUUAUGUUGGCAGCACUGACUUAAUUUUUUUUUCUACACAAUGAAGUGUAAAUUAAUGCAAGUUUUGAGCCAAAUUUACCUUUACUGAGUGCACAAAGAGAUUGUACAUAUUCAUCAAAGGGACGUGAAUGUUAAUGUGUUCAUGAUGCAUUCUAUUUCUGAAAAAUCUGGAGAAACGAUUGGGGAGCCUUGAUGUGCAUAUCUUCAGGUCACAUUUAUUUUUAUUGGACAGAAUGUUAUUGAUACCAAAGUUUUUAUUAAAAGAUUAUAAUCUUA